CAGCUGGGAUUGAACCCUGAGUCCAUCUGACAUGCUUAUAUUCCUCUCAAACCGAAAACCUGACCAUGAGAAGCCUGACCGUGAGGUGAUGCGGGAGAAGCCGAUAUUUUGGAAAGGCAUUCUGCAUCUCAGCUCUGCCCUCUGUGUGCAGUUGCCACGUCCCACCCCUCGUGUAGUAAUCUGCAGCCACCUGCCAGGGCUCCUCCAACAGACCAGACUGUAUUUCGCCAGAAGGGGCUGUCUUCACACCCACCAAGGAUAAUUUCAGGAGGCAGCCGUCUCAGGCCAAGCCACAAAGCCAGAGAGAAACCUCUCCCUCCAGGAUCAUGACGAGGCAGCUGCUUCUCCCCCAUAAACAGGAACUUGGGGAAGGUGGCUCCUCGAUGGUCUGUGAUGCCGUCAGAGGAAACGGGUGGUUGUGAGAACCACAGAGCCUGCAGAUGUGAGCUGGGAGCCCCAAGGACCCUGUGACAGAGCUCGAAGAGCCCUGGGCCUGCUUCCUGGCCUGCCUGUGCUUGGGAGGGCCAGCCAGUUGGAGGUCUCUAAGGAGCAUGGGGCUCCUGUCUCAUCCCAGGGGUACAGACUGCUGACCACAGGCAGAUGCCAAGCUCCCCAAAGCAAUAUCGAGAGCCUCCCCCUGAAGACUCCCAGGCUGAGAGGGUCCCGGGUGACCUAGGACUAAGGACAUUGGCAGACUUCCAGAAGGGGCCCCCCAAAGCCCUAACCUCUUCAGCUAAAGCAUGCGUCUUAGCCGAGCCCCUGCCUCAAGCCUCUGAUGACAGGAAAACAAUUUCUCUUGGUGAUGCACUUCUGAGUGUUCUGCUGAGGAACGAUGGGAAGUCAGCCCAGCAGGGGGAAAGCCCUUCCAAGCCCAAGCCUGAGCCCCUGUGUGCAAGGCCAGGGUCCUGAGCCCAUGCAAGCAGAGAGGAGCAAGGCCAAAGCUGUGGCCUUGGGCAGUUUCCCGGUAGGCGAGCAGGCAGAGCUGUCUCUGAGACUGGGGGAGCCACUGACCAUCGUCUCUGAGGAUGGAGACUGGUGGACAGUGCUGUCGGACAUCUCAGGCAGAGAGUACAUCUUCCCCAGCAACCAAGUGGCCAAAAUCUCCCAUGGGUGGUUAUAUGAGGGCCUGAGCCGGGAGAAAGCUGAGGAACUUCUGCUGCUGCCUGGGAACCCCGGAGGGGCCUUCCUCAUCCGGGAGAGCCAGACCAGGAGAGGCUGUUACUCCCUGUCGGUCCGCCUCAGCCGCCCUGCAUCCUGGGACCGGAUCAGGCACUACAGGAUCCAACACCUUGACAAUGGCUGGCUGUACAUCUCACCACGCCUCACCUUCCCCUCACUCCAGGCCCUGGUGGACCAUUACUCUGAGCUGGCGGAUGACAUCUGCUGCCUACUCAAGGAGCCCUGUGCCCUGCGGAGGGCCGGCCCACUCCCUGGCAAGUCCAUACCUCUACCUGUGACUGUGCAGAGGACACCACUCAAUUGGAAAGAGCUGGACAGCUCGCUCCUGUUCUCCGAAGCAUCUGCCACAGGGGAGGAGUCCCCCCUCAGUGAGGGGCUCCGGGAGGCCCUUAGCUCCUACAUCAGGCUGACUGAUGACAUCUCCUUGGACGAUGCCAAGGCCCAAAGCAGAGGCCGAAAGGGGAACCAAGGCUGCAGCACCUAGAACCCCAACUCAGCUCAGCGUGACUGAGCACCCCAGAGGCAAAGGCUGUGCAGAGUGAGGGGAGGGCUGGGACACAGAGGCACAGCCAGAGUCCCACCUCUAUCCUCUGUUCCUUCCUCUCUCAGCCCUAAGAGGUCACCUAACCUCCUCCCAGUGCCAUGACCCGACCUACAGCCUCUAGUUCAAGUAAAGACCAGUUAAGAACAGGGCCAGGACUCCAGAGAGACUAGAUAUCCUCGGUGUGACCCAGCCAGUUCCCGAGUUUGGGAGUCCCAGUACCACCUUCCUCCCUCUGCCUGUCGAGUCUCA